AUGGACUCCAAGCCUACCAUUGUUUUUAUUCCAGGGGCAUGGCACUCGCCUGACUCCUUCCAAUUGGCUCGCGAUGCUUUGCAGGCCCGGGGCUGGGAGACGGAGGCUGUUGCGUUCCCAACUGUCGGAGCCGAGCCGCCUACCAAGGGAGUUCCAGAUGACGCUGCAGAGGUCCGCAAAGUUCUCGAAGCUCUAGCUGAGCAGGGCAAGCAGAUCGUUCUCGUCGUCCACUCAUAUGGAGGUGUGGUCGGAGCACAGGCCGUCCGAGGUUUGGGCUACAAGCAGCGACAGAAGGAGGGCAAAGCGGGAGGCAUCAUUACCUUCCUUUACCUCUCCGCGUUUGUAGUUCCCACAGGUCAAAGUCUUCUGAAAAUGCUUGGAGGAAACUGGCUACCCUGGAUGCGUGUGGAGGGCGAGCGAGUGUUUGCAGACACCCCGGAAGAAGUUUUCUACCACGAUAUGUCUGCCGAUGCGCAGAAAAAGGCAGUUGACGCACUGACACAUGAGUGCAUCCGUGCGUUUACGGAUGAGACUGAUUACGAGCCUUGGCAGGAUAUGCACUGCCUGUACUUUAUCUGCGAGGAAGACAAGGCGAUCCCUGCAGCUGUACAAGAACAGAUGGCCGGCAUUCUGGGGCCGAACUCAAUUGUCUUCAGGAGCAAAGCUUCGCACUCGCCAUUCCUUUCCGCUGUUCAAGAUGUAGUGGAUGGUGUUGAGAAGGCUGCUGCAUCGGGUCAGAAGGAUGUCUCCGCCUAG